CAGAGAUCUCUGUAUGCAAUUCUUCUCCUCUGAAUCAUCCAACAAGUUAAAAUCGUCCAAACCAUCGAGUAAACCAGUUUGUGUUAGAGGUCCACCCGGAACACCAGGCCCACAAGGUCCAAAAGGUSCAAGUGGACAAAGAGGAAGACGUGGUAAACGAGGAUUUCGAGGAUCUCCUGGAAAACGAGGUCCUCCUGGAGGACCAGGCCCUAAAGGACCGAGGGGAGAGCCAGGAACAGCGCUCUCUGGAAACGCAUCAACUCUUAUCCAUUCGCUUG